AUGGUGCGCUGUCUCUUAGAUAAUUGCUCGGAGGUAUCUCUCAUCGCCCAUUCUCUGGCAUCGAAGCUGCAGACCCCGGUUCAGGAGGUCACCACGGAUAUCACCGUCAUCGGCGGCGACGUCGCCCAGCGGUCGCAACGCCGAGUCAGCCUCAACCUUCAUUUGCCUGGUCAAAGGACGCCCAUCAUCAUCGAGGCCAGUUGUCUUCGUCAUCUCGGCAUUACAACGCCAUCACAACAACUGCCCCACGAGGCUGUCCCGGCGAGCAUGCACGGCUCCUUGGCGGAUCCAAACUUCUACCAGCCCGGAGCGGUGGACUUACUUCUUGGUGCCAACGUCAUGCCCUAUCUGAUGAGAGAAGGCCUUCAGCAUAUCAACGGUCUCGUCGCCCAACGCACGUUGGUUGGAUGGAUAGUGUGGGGAGGUCUCCGGCAAUCUCAGCCGACCGACUCAUCUCAGUGCUUGACUCUGGCUGCUGAGGACAUCGAGCCAUCAUGGCAGCAACAAUUAGCUUCUUUGCUUCAGAGGUUCUGGGCAACUGAAGAGCUCCCUCGCGCCGAGCGAAGUUCGCCCAUCGACAACUGGACCGAAAGUUUGUUCGCCCAACACCAGCGCAGUUCGACUGGUCGAUACACUGUUAGACUUCCAAUCCAGCCUGAUGCAGCUCAAUGCUUAGGCUCCAGUGAGAGCUCGGUGCGAGCCUCUCUCGACGCCCUUCACCGACGGAUGACACGCUGUCCUCGUUUCGCCGAAGAAUAUCGAUCAUUCAUGAAGACGUACAUCGAGCUGGGCCACAUGACUGAAAUUCCGCGCCAUCAAAUUGAGUGCAGGCACCCGGCCUACUACAUCCCGCACCACGGGAUUUGGCAAGUCAGCGAUAAUGCACCCAGGCUACGGGUAGUCUUCGACACGUCUCGACCAACUUCGUCUGGUGUCAGCCUAAACGACGUGAUGUGUCGGGGCCCCAAGCUCCAGAGGGACAUUUGGCUAGUUCUUCUGCGUUGGCGGCAACAUCGCAUUGCAUUUUGUACAGAUGUUCAGAUGAUGUACCGUCAAAUUCGCAUUGACGAGCGCGAUGUUGACUGGCAACGAACGCUGUGGAGUCCAUGCGCUGCUGAGCCAACUCGACACUAUCGGCUUAACACUGUCACAUAUGGCACGACUUGCGCACCCUACUUGGCUCUGCGCACCAUCCAGCAAUUGUGCACCGACGAGGGUGCUCAAUUCCCUGCGGCCCAGCAUGCGAUUUUGAACGACCGAUAUGUAGAUGAUCAUCCUGUCCUGUCGCUAAUGAUCCACAUCUUCUCGAAGAGCUCGAUGCCGACGACUGUCUGCGACCCGCUUGGGUGCUAUUCACCGACGAAGACCAGGUCAAGGAGCUUGGAGUCGCGUGGAAUCCGCAACGUGACACGCUCAGUCUUCGUCAUGCCACCUCCAAUUGGCCGGUCUGGCUCGAAUUUACGAUCCAUGUGGAUGGGUAGCGCCUGCGACUCUUCUCGCAAAAAUGUUGGUACAAGACUUGUGGCGAGCUCACCUGGACUGGGAUGA